ACCUUUUUUCGGUGCAUGAAGACCCAGAAAAGCACGAGCCAGCUAUCUAUUGACGCGUUUACCAACUUCGUAAAUCGCAGUCGACGCUCAGAGCCAGCUGCUUGGGAGGCAAAGAAAAGGCUAAAUCGUUGUGGGGUGAAGGAAAAUAAUGGAGCCGGUGAUGGAGGACGUAGAAGAGUACAGUUACAGAGAAGUGGUACUUCCGUCGAUGAUUCCGAAGGUGCCUCCGCCAGAACUUGAUAGGGAAACAGGAGAACGAAGAAGAGGAAGAGACAUACUGGUAGCUAUAGAUCACGGCCCCAACAGCAAGCACGCUUUUGAUUGGGUUCUCAUCCACCUCUGCCGCCUCGCCGACACUAUCCAUCUCGUUCACGCCGUCUCCGACGUCAGUAACCAGAUUGUUUACGACACCACCCAGAGCCUCAUGGAGCAAUUAGCGGUCGAGGCCUAUAAAGUUGCAAUGGUGAAGACAGUGGCUCGGAUUGUACAAGGUGAUCCUGGAAAAGCAAUAUGCAAGGAAGCAGAGAGAAUCAAGCCUGCGGCUGUGGUUCUGGGAACCAGAGGCAGAAGCUUAAUUCAAAGUGUACUGCAGGGAAGCGUUGGUGAAUACUGCUUUCACCACUGUAAAGUAGCCCCUGUCGUGGUAGUUCCUGCGAAAGAUGCUGGGGACGAGUCAAUCAUCUAAUGGCCAGAUGGAUUCUUGGAAAAUAUUAUUAUUAUUAUUUCCGAAGCUUGUGCUUUGUUUUUGUUGUUUGGUUGGAUUGUAUGUGUAGCUAUUACAGAUUAGCGUGACGAUGGAAGUGUGUUUGUAAUUAUAGUGAACAACAUUGCAUCAGUUGUAAUUUUCAGAUCACCACAAACGAAUUCGAAAGAGUCCUGGAGGUCGGCCUCUUGUGUAUACAAGAUUUAAUUAAGGGAGGAUGACAGUUAGGUCAAAGAUCUCAAUUAUGAAUUGAGAAUGUUUAAAAGUUAAA